UACAGCCUCAGAUAAUACAUCUUAAAAAUGAAACCACAUUUGAAAAUGGUCAAACAACACUGAUAUGUGAGGCAGAAGGAGAACCUGUCCCAGAAAUUACUUGGAAAAGAGCCAUCGAUGGAAUAACUUUUUCUGAAGGUGACAAGAGCCCAGAUGGCCGUAUAGAAGUCAAAGGGCAGCAUGGAAAAUCGUCACUGCAUAUUAAAGAUGUGAAGUUGUCAGAUUCAGGGAGAUAUGACUGUGAAGCUGCAAGUAGAAUUGGUGGGCAUCAAAAGAGCAUGUACCUUGAUAUUGAAUAUGCUCCAACAUUUGUGUCAAAUCAAACCUUGUAUUAUUCUUGGGAAGGCAAUCCUAUCAAUAUAAGUUGUGAAGUACUAUCUAAUCCUGUAGCGUCAGUUCACUGGAGAAGAGGAAAAUUAGUUUUACCUGCAAAAAAUACUACCCAUUUAAAGACUUACAGUGCAGGAAGAAAGCUGAUAUUAGAGAUUGCUCCCACAUCUGACAAUGAUUUUGGGCGAUAUAACUGCACAGCUACUAACAGAAUAGGAACAAGACAUCAGGAAUAUACCCUUGGGCAAGCUGAUGUGCCAUCCAGUCCCUACGGAGUAAGAAUUAUAGAGUUGUCUCAGACUAUUGCCAAGGUCUCUUUCAAUAAGCCAGAUUCACAUGGAGGUGUGCCCAUUCAUCAUUACCAAGUGGAUGUGAAAGAAGUUGCUUCAGAAACUUGGAAAGUAGUCCGCUCUCAUGGAGUUCAAA